AUGUGCUCUGCCGACAUCUUCCUCGGCGUCCUCGCCGUUCUCUUCCCCCCGCUACCUGUCUGGGUCAAGUGCGGCAUCUGUAGCGCCGACUCCCUCAUCAACAUCCUCCUCUGCAUCCUCGGCUUCAUCCCCGGCCUUCUCCACGCCUGGUACAUCAUCGCAAAGUUCCCCGAGCCGGCCUACGAGUACGAGGCCAUCCCCAACGAGAACGGAGGCGGCCGUGUCACAUACGUCUACGUUCAGACGCCCCAUGGCCCUCGCUGCCAACAGCCCAAGCCCCAGGAGGACCAGGGCCGCAUGAACUACGGCACCACCUCCCAUCCUCAGCAGCACCCCAGCCCUUCUCCUCGGCCUCAGCAGAACGGCGGCGCGAGCUCUGGAGAGGGCAGCUCUGAGCCCCAAGGCGUUCCUCCUUCGUACGCCGAGGUUGUUGCCGGCGACCACAAGGUCCAGACACGCGAUUAA